AUGGGCAAGCCCUGCCUGCAGUGCACAGGAAAUAAGUAUUCAGCUGCUCAGAAACAUGAGGAUGCUGCUCAAAGGAAAGCAGUUCUGAAGGCUGCACUGAGAAAGAAGAUUGAAAGUGAGAAAAAAGCAUUGUCUAUUGUUGAACAGCUCUUGGAGGAAGACAUUACUGAAGAGUUCCUUCUAAAUUGUGGGAAAUUGAUUACUCCAUCUCACUAUAAAGACGUUGUUGAUGAACGGUCUAUCAUCAAACUGUGUGGUUAUCCUCUGUGUCAGAAUAAACUGGAAAAUGUGCCAAAGCAGAAGUACAGAAUUUCAACAAAAACGAACAGAGUUUAUGACAUCACUGAAAGAAAGUGCUUUUGCAGCUACUUUUGCUAUAGAGCAUCUAAACAUUUUGAAGCUCAAAUUUCCAAAAGUCCAGUGUGGAUGAGAGAAGAAGAAAAACCACCAGUCCUAGAACUGCUGAAGGAGGGAUCAAGUGGACAGUCUAGGGAAGAGGUGAAACUAAUUGAUGAAGUAAUUAAUGCAUCUGCCUUUGAAAAUCCUAGGAUAUCUUCAGAUCCAUGGCAAUCUGGUUCUCAUGACACAGACAGUGACAGCAGUACAGAUACUGAACAAGGAUUUAUUUCUUCUGUCUUACCAGGAAGUCAGUCAAGUUCAGCCAAUUCUGCACAGAAAUUGCACAGGAAAAGCAUCCUCAUAAGGAAACAUCCUCAGAAAGUCCAUGUCAGCCCUAAAACUGAAGAUGCAGAUGUGGUAGGAGCCACUGUACAGCUCUCUUGUUGUAAAUUAGAUACUCAGAAAGAAGGAGAUGCUUACUCUGUUCAUGAUGAAGUAACUGCGCCACCUUCAAAUAAUACUGCUCCUGGGAAAAUAAGUGUUUCAGAGAUUUUUGAAAAUACAUGUGGAUCACAGAUAGUUUUCCUAGGUGUGAGCAAAAGAGGAGCAGAAUAUCUGAGAAGAACACUAGCUAACCCAAGAGAACGUAAAACCCCUGAACUGAAGCAUCCAGUUAAUUCCAAAGGCAGUUUACUAGCACUGCUUAGGCAAACACUUCUGGAAUGGAGAACUGAGGAAACUUUAAAAUUUCUCAAUGGCCCAAACUAUACUUCUUUAUGCUCAUCAGAAUGCAUAGCAUCUGUCAACCAGGAGAGUGGAGAGCUUGAUGAAGAUGACUUAGAUAGAGCUGAUGAUCUCAACACUGUUGCUGUAGGGGAGUCUGAAAACAGUUUGAACGACUCCUUACCUUUCACAAGCUCAGGUGGAAUAGUUAAGCCUGUGCCUAGUUAUGAAAAGUUAAAAGAAGAAACAGAGUUCCUUGAGCUCCGAGUAAAAGAGUUCUAUAAAGGAAGGUGUAUCUUGGCUGAAGAAGCAGUGCCACAAGCACAAGCAAGGAAACAUGCAAGAAAAGACAAAGAUGAUCAACAAGAAGAUUUCACCUUCCCACUCAUUGAUUCAAAUGCACAAAUGCAGAUUAGGAAGCGAAUCGUCCUUGAAAAAUUGAGAAAAGCAUUAUCUGUAGUAUUGGGCCCUCUUCAUAUUGGUUCAGGGAAUGUUUAUACAGAGCUAAAAAAUCUUGUCAAAACUUUUCGGUUAACAAACAGAAAUAUUAUUCACAAAAUGCCAGAAUGGAUUCUCAUUGCUAUUGUUUUGUUAUCUGUAUUGUCACAAACAGCUCUGCUUUUCAAGGAUACUCAGACAAGCCCAAUAUACACACAGUUCCUAACCACAUUACUGGAAGAACUACAUUUCCAAAAUGAAGAUCUGAGAAGUUUAACAAGAAUAUUUAGGAUGGACUGA